AUGUUAUAUUAUAGUAGUAUAAAAUUAUAUAAAGGUAAAAAUAAUCCUAUUGGACGUAUAGGAUUUAGAAAAAUAUUAUUUAAUGGAAGAAAACAAAAAUCACCUGAAAUAUUAUUACCUCCAUUUAUUUCCAUUUCUGAAUUAAGAUUAAUGUUAAAUUUGGAUUAUAUUUCAUGUUUUAGAAAUGCUAAAAUAUCAAUUACUAAAAAUCUAUACAAAUGGUCUGAUUCAUAUGGUAGAACAUUUCAAACCAAUAAUAAAAGAAAUAUAAUAAUAUCAUAUGAUAUAUCAAGUUAUUUGAGUAAAUUAAUGGGAUAUAAACCUAUAAAAAUUGAUCCAGAACCUAAAAUACCACAAAAAAUUAAAAAUCAUAUUCCUAUUAUUUCUAUUGUUGGACAUAAAAAUCAUGGAAAAACUACUUUAAUUAGUAAUUUUACAGAUGUGAAGAAUAAUAAUUAUAUAAUAAAUAGUUAUAAUAUAAUAGAAGAGAAAUUGAAAUAUAUAAUAUUGGAUACACCAGGUGAUAUGAAUUAUGAUAUAAUACGUGGUAGAGCAAUAUAUAAUUCAGAUAUAUGUAUAAUUGUAAUAUCAUCACAAGGUCCAGAAAUAAUAACACGUAAUGUAAUAUUACAAGCUGACAAAUUUAAAAUACCAAUACUAUUUUGUAUUACUAAAACUGAUUUAUAUUUUAAUCUAGAAAUACUUAAAUCUGAAUUACAAUUACAAUGUGAAAUCUUAUAUCAAUCUGGACAUUUAUCUAAUAAUUAUUUCAAUGAAAUUAAUAAUUUAAUUUUAUCCAAUAAUUUAAAAACUAUUUUAAAUAAAUAUAUUAAAUUACGUUACGGUGACUGGUCACACGGAUCUAACAGUACUAAUAGUAAUCCCUUAACUAGUACUGAGGUUACUACUACCAUUGGAGCAAGCACCGUAACGGAGGAAAAUAAUAAUACUAAAAUUGCUGCUUCGGGAAAGGGAGCUAAUUUUACAGCCAUGGAAUGUACUACGGGAAAGGGAGCUAAUUCUAUGGGUAUGGAGUGUACUAUGCGAAAGGGAGCUAAUUUUAUGGGUACAGAGUGUACUAUGGGAAAGGGACCUAAUUCUACAGCCAUAGAGUGUACUAAGGAUAAUAUGGAUACUAAGGAAGACCCUUUCGGGUCUAGUACUGAGGAUACUUCUCUUGGUGGACCAGACACCGUAACGGAGAAAUAUAAAAAAUAUAUUAGAAGAUCAAAUAGUUUAAUAAAAAGUGGAAAUGGUAUAAAAGGAAUAGGAAAUAUAAUAGAAAUAACAAAAACCGAAUCAAAAGGAAUAAUAAUAAAUUUAUUAGUCAAGUUUGGUCAAAUUGUUGAAGGAAAUUAUUUCAUUGUUGGUACAACAUAUGAGAAGAUGAAUAUGGUUGGUGUUGGUGAAUUGGUUAGUAUUACAGGAUUGAAGAGUUUGGAUGGUGUUGGUCUUGAUGAUACAUUAUUAAUAAUGUCACAACAUGACGCAUUUAGAUUAUGUCAAUAUAGAAAACAAUUAGAAAUAUUAAAAUCAUCACAAAUUCAAGGACCACCAAUUCAUUCAUUCAAUAUACAAUCCGGUGCAAUAGAAGGUGUAGAUGAAGGAGAAGUAAGAGUAGAUGAAGGAAUAGAGUAUAUAACUAAGUAUUCAGGGAAUGGAAUGGUAGUUGGUGGUGAGGGAGUUAGGAGUACUAAAGAAGCUGGUGAGGUUGUUGGUUGCCGUGAUACAGUCACCGUAACGGAUUAUAAAAUAAAUAAAUUUGAAAAUAUAGAAAGUACAAUAUAUUUAAAACCAUUGGAAUAUGACACCGUUACGGUGCUUGGUCCAACAGACAGUACUAAUGACAGUACAGUUGUACCUGGUACCAAUAGUACUACUAAGGAUACUACUGGACCAAGCACCGUAACUGAGGAAAAUUCUACUACCCAUUUUGCUGCUCCGGGAAAGGGAGCUAAUUUUACAGCUAUGGAGUGUACUAUGGGAAAGGGAGCUAAUUCUAUGGUUAUGGAGUGUACUAGUGAGAAAAUUUUGAAUGAAAUUGCUGUUGUAACUAAAACUGGGGAGUCGAGUACUUUUGUGGAUACUAAUACUAAGGGUACCGUUGGACCAAGCACCGUUACGGUGCCCGUAACGGGUAAAAAAAUAAUACCAAUAAUAUUAAGAGUAAAUUAUAUGAGUAUAUUAGAAAUAAUAUUGAAUGGAAUAGAAGAAAUAGAAAAAGAAUAUAAUGUAAGAAUACCAUUAAUACAUGGUGGAAUUGGACCAAUAAUACCAAUAGAUAUAGUACAAGCACAAAUUGGAAAUAAAUUUACAUAUUGUCCAGUAUAUAGUUUUCAAGUACCAAUACAUAAUGAUGCUAUCAAACAUGCAAUUAUUAAUAAAAUUGUAAUCAAAUCAUUCAAUAUACAAUCUGAUCUUUUUAAUGAUAUUAUACAACGAUGUAAAACUACAUUACACAAAUAUAAUAAUUCAAUUUCAUAA